CGGGCGUCAAGACACAUGCUGAGUCGACUUGUAGCAUUGCGCGAGUGAAAGGCUGAGAACAUGAUCUGAGGUUGAACUUCUAAACGCAAGUAAUCAAGGCAGAAUUGACUCCUUCCAAUCUCGGUCUGGCCUUCCCCGCUGCCGAGAACGAUCGCAAUCUACCGCGGAGCUUAUCAAGGCAACAACCAGAACGUCCACAGUCAAACUGUAUCCUCCCCUAAUCACCAAUUUAUGGCCGACUUUCCGAGGUACUUCAACGCUCGCAACACGCUCAUCGCCGCUGUAGCCAUCACGCUUCUCGGAGGCUACUACAUCUCUCAGUCGCCAAGUCCGAGCUCGUUCACUAUGUCGCAAACUUCCAGCGAGAUCCCGGGGCUGUCGAUAUCGCUAGCACAGGUCUCAGCAGACCCUCCAACUUUGCGCAUUACGCUGAAGAACGAAAACGAAGAUACACCGUACACCUUGCUCAAAUGGGACACUCCGAUGGACGAUGCAGCUCUGAACACCGGCGUCUUCAAGAUCACAAACGCAGAUUCAGGUGCUGAAGUCGAGCAGCUGAUCAUGCAAAUCAGGAGAAGGAUGCCUCCGGGGCAGAGUCAGCUCGCGGGUGUCAGGCCAGGAGAGGAAGAGCAUCUUGACGUUGUCUUCGACCGACCUUGGAUGCCGGACACAAAGCCCGCGAAGUACAAGGUGCACGCCCAAGGGUUGCUGAAGGGCGCAUGGGAUAAGCUGAGGAGUGAGGUGACGGACGAUGAGACAAACGAGUACUCGAAGAGCCCCCUGGCAGGGAAGACGUUCAAGACGAACGAAGUCGAGCUUGUCGUGGAGUAAUUCUGUGCCUGGCUAUGACUGUUCUCGUGCACUAUAAGCAGGAUAGAUUAUAGGACGCUUCUCUUUACAUAUGGUCGUAGGAGAUCCACGCUGACGAUUCGAAGAAAUAUCUUCAAAAUAUUUACGACGAAUUCACUGGCGGGUCUUGUCUGAUCUUGUGUCAUGAGAGAUACAUCUUCACCUGGGACAGAUGAUCAACAAGAGGAGAACAAGAAGAGCUCUUCAUGCGCGGUAAUCUUCAGCGUUGGCCUAUCCAUAAAUGCUGUCAAUACAACGAAAGUUGCGUUUCCCAACUGCUACGCACAAGCAG